AUGAGCCGUUCUCUUAUACAACAAAUAGAAUUCUACUUCUCUGAUAUAAACCUUUCCACUGACCUUUACCUCCAAUCAAAAAUGAAUGCUGAUGGAAUGGUUCCUUUAUCAGUUAUUGAAGGAUUUAAAAUGAUUAAACAAUUCCAUAAAACAACACCAGAAAUUUGUGAAGAAUUAAAACAAUCUAAUACCCUUCGUCUUUCAGAAGAUCACCAAUUAAUUGGAAGAAAAAAUUUACAACCAAUUGCUCAGUUAGAAAAAAGAGGAUUAAAAAUAAAAUGGAUUCCAUGCUCAUUGAAUGAAGAAGAAAUCAAAGAGUGUUUGUCAGAAUUUGGGGAGGUUGACCAAAUCAAAAUCAAAUAUAUUCCAACAACUUUAACAUUCAAAGGAACUAUAGAAGUUUUAUUUAAAAAUGAAGCUACAGUUAAUAAAUUAAAAGAGAUGGAAAAGGUUAUGAUUAAAGAAAAAGAAGUAAUUGUUACCAAAUGGAAAACACAUACUUUAUGGAUAAGACUAUUUCGUGGUAAAGAAAAAAUAACAACUGUAAAAGGUAUUGAAGAUGAAAAAGAUGGAAGUUUUGUAUUUGAAAUACCAAAAGGAAAAAUACAGAAAAUUCAAAAACUAAAAGAUUUAUCAAUACAAUAUAUCUCUCCAGAUGAAUAUCUUUCUGUUCUUCAUCAACGAAAAAGAAAUUUAGAAAUUAAACUUCAAUAACAAAAUAUUAUUUUUUG